CCGUAAGCGACAGCUGUCCCGGAGCCUGGACUUCCUCCCACACGAGAAAACGUUUCGGCUUGGUUUGAACGAUCACUAACCUUCGAACCUGGGAUAAAAGGAAAAUUAUAUUUCUUGCUGAGCAAGAUCACAACUGAGAGACCCCGAAGUGGUGGCAUCUCUCUUACAUCAGAAUGUCAAGAUGGCACGCCUACUCCCCCCCACAGGCAGUGAUGUGUUCCGCCCCUUUUCUUUGGAGUCGCUCGCCGAGAUCGAGCGGCGAAUGGCAGAAGAAGCCGAUGAACAGGAGCAGAUGAAGGCCCGAAAUACUGAGGUCAAUGAGGAGGACCUGCCCAAACCCAGCAGUGAUUUGGAAGCGGGAAAGGUCCUACCAUUCAUCUAUGGAGACCCUCCAUCAGAGCUACUCAACAUGCCUCUUGAAGAGUUGGAUCCAUUCUACAAAGCACAAAAAACAUUCAUCGUGAUCACCGGAGGGAAUACAAUAUAUCGAUUCAAUGCUGAACCUGCCUGCUACAUUCUAAGUCCCUUCAGCCGUGUUCGACAAGUAGCCAUAAGAAUACUCAUACAUUCAUUGUUUAGCAUGUUCAUCAUGCUAACCAUCUUGUCAAACUGCGUGUUCAUGACUAUGGGUGACCCUCCAGCCUGGAGCAAAACAGUAGAGUAUGUUUUCACUGGCAUUUACACAUUUGAGGCAUUGGUAAAGGUGCUGUCCAGGGGCUUCUGCAUGGGGGAUUUCACAUUCCUUCGAGAUCCAUGGAAUUGGCUCGAUUUCAUGGUCAUCAGCAUGGCGUACCUUACAGAGUUUGUGGACUUGGGCAAUGUAUCAGCUCUGAGGACUUUCCGUGUUCUCCGUGCCCUGAAAACAAUUACUGUAAUACCAGGUCUAAAAACCAUUGUUGGGGCUCUGAUCCAGUCAGUGAAGAAAUUGGCAGAUGUCAUGAUCCUCACAGUAUUCUGUCUGAGUGUGUUUGCUCUCAUUGGCCUACAACUGUUCAUGGGAAAUUUGCGUCAAAAAUGUGUCCUCUGGCCUCCGAUUGGCUGGAACAUCACAGAAGAUCUGACCAUGACCUUUAAUCAAACAGACUUCAAAGACACUGAAGCUACCAACAGUACAUUCAACUACCAGGAAUAUAUUAAUAAUGGAGAGCACUUCUACUUUCUACCUGGUCAUCUAGAUCCAUUACUUUGUGGGAACAGCUCUGAUGCAGGGAUGUGCCCCGAGGGGUAUAUAUGCCUGAAAACAGGCCCAAACCCAAAUUAUGGCUACACAAGUUACGACACCUUUGCAUGGGCUUUCUUAGCUCUCUUUCGGCUUAUGACUCAAGACUUCUGGGAGAACUUGUUUCAGUUGACCCUCCGUGCAGCAGGGAAGACCUACAUGAUCUUCUUUGUAGUCAUCAUCUUCUUGGGCUCUUUCUACCUGAUCAAUCUGAUUCUGGCUGUGGUGGCUAUGGCGUAUGCAGAGCAGAAUGAAGCCAACAUAGCAGAAGCUAAAGAAAAGGAGGAAGAGUAUGCAAGAAUUAUGGAACAGAUCAAGAAACAAGCAGAGCAGAAGAGUGGGAUGGUAAAUGGCAGUAAGACAUCACUGUCCAAUAAAAAGAAAGAUGAUGAUGAACACAAUCAUGAUGGGAUUGUAGUGAAACCCCCCUCAGGUGGAGAGAUGGGUCUUGAGGUCACAAUGUCGAAUGGAUCCAAAGGAAGUAUAAAUCAACUAGACAUCCCUGAUAUGCAGAUAAGAAAACCCAGUGCAGAUCAAGACAAUGCUUUAGAUGAGUUGGAGGAUACUCAAAGGCCAUGUUCUCCCUGCUGGUACAAGUUUGCUGAUAUAUUCCUGAAAUGGGAUUGCUGCAUGCCAUGGGUAAAAUUUAAGAGGAUUGUCUGCAUAAUUGUGAUGGACCCUUUUGUGGACCUGGGGAUUACCAUCUGUAUUGUGCUCAACACGGUGUUCAUGGCAAUGGAGCAUUAUCCAAUGACUGAAGAAUUUGAAAACACAUUGUCUGUUGGAAACCUGGUUUUCACUGGUAUCUUCACAGCAGAGAUGGUCCUAAAACUCAUUGCAUUGGACCCAUAUUAUUACUUCCAGGUUGGCUGGAACAUAUUUGACAGCAUAAUUGUGACCAUGAGUCUGGUGGAGCUGGGCUUGGCCAAUGUCCAGGGGUUGUCAGUACUGAGGUCUUUCCGUCUGAUGCGUGUGUUCAAACUGGCAAAGUCUUGGCCCACUCUUAACAUGCUGAUAAAGAUCAUUGGUAACUCUGUGGGUGCCCUUGGAAACCUGACCCUUGUCCUGGCAAUUAUUGUCUUUAUCUUUGCUGUGGUGGGCAUGCAGCUUUUCGGAAAGAGCUACAAAGAAUGUGUGUGUAAGAUCUCAGAGGAUUGCGAGCUACCUCGCUGGCACAUGACAGAUUUCUUCCACUCAUUCCUCAUCAUCUUUCGUGUCCUGUGUGGGGAAUGGAUUGAAACCAUGUGGGACUGCAUGGAGGUGGCUGGCCAAAGCAUGUGCAUCAUCGUCUUCAUGAUGGUCAUGGUAAUUGGAAACCUGGUGGUGUUGAAUCUCUUCUUGGCUUUGCUGCUCAGUUCCUUCAGUGGGGGCAGCCUGGCAGCAUCUGAUGACGAGGGGGAGAACAAUCUGCAGAUUGCCAUUUCUAGAAUCACACGAGGCAUUGAUUGGGCAAAGGCCUUCAUUAUCAGACAUGUGAGACAGUUGCUUGGCAUGAAGCCAAAAGAAGAAUGCAAGAAAGAAAAUGAAGAGGGCAAUAAUUUUGACCUGAAAAUGGUGGAAGGUGUGUCAGGGUGGGAUGACAAGGGUCAAUCUGGUGGGGCUGUCAUGUAUUCCAGUAUGGCAGUUAUCAAAGUGCCUAUAGCCAAUGGUGAAUCUGAUGAUGAUGAUGAUGAUGAUGACAGCACUUCUGAGGAUAAAGACAAAGAGGCCAUUGAUGGAAAUUAUGCAAUGAAAGAUGGAGAUGAAUCUUCAACAUGCAGCACAGUGGACAAACCUCCUGUGGUAGAAAUGGAAUUAGAGGUUGAAGAGGAUUCCGCCAUCCCAGAGGACUGCUAUACAGAAAAUUGCAUCAGGCGAUGUCCUUGCUUGGAUGUUGACAUUACCCAAGGGAAAGGGAAGGCAUGGUGGAAUUUUCGUAAAACCUGCUAUGUCAUUGUGGAACACAAUUACUUUGAGACAUUUAUCAUCUUAAUGAUCCUCCUCAGUAGUGGAGCUUUGGCAUUUGAAGACAUAUACAUUGAACAACGGAGAGUGAUUAAAAUUAUCCUUGAAUAUGCGGAUCAGGUCUUUACCUAUGUGUUUGUCAUUGAGAUGCUUCUGAAAUGGGUGGCCUAUGGUUUUAAGGUCUAUUUCACAAAUGCAUGGUGUUGGCUGGACUUUCUCAUCGUUGAUGUGUCUCUAAUCAGCUUCACUGCAAAUAUUUUAGGCUACUCUGAACUGGGGGCCAUUAAAUCUCUCAGAACUUUGAGAGCCCUGAGACCUCUAAGGGCUCUCUCCAGAUUUGAAGGAAUGAAGGUGGUGGUAAACGCCCUGGUGGGGGCCAUCCCCUCCAUCUUCAACGUUCUCCUGGUGUGCCUUAUCUUUUGGCUUAUCUUCAGCAUCAUGGGAGUGAAUCUUUUUGCUGGAAAGUACUACUACUGCUUCAAUAGAACAUCCGAAGAGAUGUUCCUUCCAUCUGAGGUCAACAAUAAGACUCAGUGCUUGGACCUCAUAUUGGCUGGUCAUGAUGAGGUGCGAUGGAUGAAUCUGAAGGUCAACUUUGACAACGUAGGCAUGGGCUACCUCUCCUUACUGCAAGUGGCAACAUUUAAAGGAUGGAUGGACAUCAUGUAUGGUGCUGUGGAUUCCCGUGAGAUUGAAAUGCAGCCGGAGUAUGAGGCAAACCUCUAUAUGUACCUUUACUUUGUUAUUUUCAUCAUCUUUGGCUCCUUCUUCACCCUCAACCUAUUCAUUGGUGUCAUCAUUGAUAAUUUCAACCAACAGAAGUCAAAGAUAAGAGGUAAAGACAUCUUCAUGACAGAGGAGCAAAAAAAAUACUACAAUGCCAUGAAGAAACUUGGCUCCAAGAAACCACAGAAACCUAUUCCAAGGCCUGUGAACUGCUUUCAAGGCUUUGUGUUUGACCUGGUUACCAAGCAGUUCUUUGACAUCUUCAUUAUGGUGCUGAUCUGCCUGAAUAUGGUGACCAUGAUGGUGGAGACAGAUGACCAGAGUGAAGAGAAGGAAAACAUUCUGUACAUUAUAAAUGUUGUCUUCAUUGUGCUCUUCACUGGCGAGUGCGUUCUGAAGCUCACCGCCCUACGGCAUCACUACUUCUCUGUUGGGUGGAAUAUAUUUGAUUUUGUAGUGGUCAUUCUUUCAGUCGUAGGUCUUUUGCUGGCAGACCUUAUUGAGAAGUAUUUUGUCUCACCUACCCUUUUCCGUGUCAUCAGACUGGCCAGAAUUGGCCGUGUUCUGCGGCUCAUUCGGGGUGCGAAAGGUAUCAGGACGUUACUGUUUGCGCUAAUGAUGUCACUUCCGGCCCUCUUCAACAUUGGCCUACUUCUUUUCUUAAUUAUGUUCAUUUUCUCAAUAUUUGGCAUGUCCAACUUUGCUUAUGUAAAAAAAGAAGCAGGCAUUGAUGACAUGUUCAAUUUUGAGACUUUUGGAAACAGUAUCAUAUGCUUGUUCAUGAUCACAACCUCUGCUGGCUGGGAUGGACUUUUGUCACCUAUUCUCAAUAAUCCACCAGACUGUGACCCAGAUAUAGAAAACCCUGGCUCAAUGAUCAGAGGCAACUGUGGGAGCCCUGCAGUGGGAAUUGUCUUCUUCUGCAGCUACAUUGUCAUGUCUUUCCUUGUUGUAGUCAAUAUGUACAUAGCCAUUAUUCUUGAGAACUUCAACGUAGCAACUGAAGAGAGCGGUGACCCCUUGUGCGAGGAUGACUUUGAGAUGUUCUAUGAAACCUGGGAAAAGUUUGACCCUGAUGCCUCUCAGUUUAUCAAUUACAGUAGGCUGUCUGAAUUCUGUGACACGUUGAAAGAGCCACUGAGAAUCCCAAAACCAAACACACUGAAGUUGAUCACAAUGGACCUUCCCAUGGUCCCUGGAGAUAAGAUCCACUGUCUGGACAUUCUUCUAGCCCUUACUACAGAUGUUCUGGGAGAUUCUGGGCAAAUGGAUGGAAUGAAAGCCACUAUGGAGGAAAAAUUCAUGGCAAACAACCCUUCAAAAGCUUCAUAUGAGCCAAUUACUAGCACUCUAAGACAAAAGCAAGAGGAGGUGUCGGCUUUGACUAUUCAGAGAGCAUUCCGCAAGCACGUGCUUAAACGCUCCAUCAAACAUGCCUCAUAUAUAUACAGAGAGAAGACACGCUCAAAGAAAAAUGAUGAGGAGGCUCCAGAGAAAGUGGGGAUGAUAGCUAAGACAAUGAGCCAUCUCUAUGGAGAUCAGGCCAUUGAGGAUGACGACAACAAAGCUAUCGGCUUCUCUUUCCCUCAACUAGUGCAAAAACAGCCUAGGGCUAGGUGUCCCCCAGUCAAGGUUCAGAGUGAAGUGAUCUUGCACUCUGCCCCCUUCUCCAACCAUGACUCCUCAACCAAUGUCGAAGACUUGAAGGAGUCCAUUGUGUAGCAUGUUCCAACAAUGGUAUAAAAUGAACCGUUAUAGUGCACCAAAAUACUGAGACCCCUCAGGAGACUGUUUGUUCAUCUUCAGAGUUAAAUUCUGGCACACAUGGCCAGUAUGAAAUAACUUAAGAACAGGGAUGGCAAAGAAUUGCAAUCAGUGUAAUGCAAUCGAAGGCUCCUUGCGUACCAGUACUGCCCUUGAGAAGACAAUCACUAACUGUUUGUCAAAUGGCAUUGGGAAAUGACUGGGCUGUGAACUUUGUGCCCUAGUACAGAUAUCAUUGUGGCAUUUAAAAUUUUUGAUCCACAGACCCUUAGAGAACACUAAAUAAGAGAAUGAUUUGAAUAAUAACUAUAUUUUUGUAAAAUAUAUAAAUCGUAAGCACAACAAUAAUGGUUAAUAGUCAAACAGGACAAGAAGUUUAAUUUAAAGCAAUCACAUGGAAUGUAGCCUGCAAUUACCACCACUUGAACAGAUUCAGAUUGAGAGCCUUUAACUUUUUGUAGCAUCUGACUUUAUUGCAUUUAAUAUUAAACUAUUUGAGGUAGGUAAUUUUAAAAAAUAACUUUUCACAGUUCAAUGGGAUGUGUUUCAUAAUUAACAUUUUGUUCUGAUAAUGACUUUGCAGUUUAUAAUAUUUAAACAUUUAACAAAAUGGCAAAAUUGUCAAUUAAUCAGUAUUUAAUGAAGUAUAUUAGUCUUAAUAGUUCACUUCUUUAUAUAGACUUUACUAACGGUAAUUUAAUGGACUAAAUAAAACUGCAGUAGUGUUGUUAACACUACCUAGUAAGCCUUAAGUCAAAUGAAAGUGGAAAAUUUUGUUGGCAAAAUAACUAAAAUAUGCCAUUUCAUAAUGCAAACAUGGAUUCUUUAAAUGUUAUGCUUUGAUAUAUGUUAAUGUUAUAGCGUUUUCCAGCUUAUGGGAUAUAUAAAUGCAAAUUGUUAAUUCCAAGUAUAAAGUCUGUGAAAUCCUUGGCAUAUUGCUGUUGGUUGAAUAAUUUUUAUUAAAUUUUUUACUUUACUUAUUUGCCAUUUAAUAUGAGCCAGGUGUGGGAUAGUGCGAUAUGGUAAAGGAUAGGAUGGAACAUUUAACUAUCCCAUGAAGGAAACUACAGUGCAAAUUGCCAUAUAUACACAUAUACAAUAAAAUAAAGAAUAUAAAUAUCCAAGAAAUGCAAAAUUUGCACAAUAAAAAAUAAAUAAAUACAAAAUAAAUGCAUUUGAACAAGACAUAACAGCAUUUAAAAAUGUUGUUGCCAAGAAGCUCUAAUUUCAUAUGUAGUCUUUUCUUUAUUGCUUGUUGUUUUACAUAAUUUAUUAAAUAUAUACUGGCUAAAUUUAAAUAUACAGUGUUUAAUUAACCCCCAGUCAUACUUAGCAUAUUCCUUAUUUGUUAUAUUAAAUAAACUGAAACAAACAUGAGUUGGAUCACUUAAAGUUUAUGAUGCUUUCAGACUUUCACUUUUCAAUUUUAUAAAACUUUCACAUCUUUGUAGUUUUUUUUAAUGGGGGGGGGGUUAUAAGCACUAAUGAUGUAAAGGCAACCACAAUGUGAACAAAAGAAUGCACAUAGCAGAAUGGUAUUAUUCCAAGAAGCCAAAUGCUUUAUUCUAUUGCAGUUUUUAUUUACUAAACUAUUUAUUUUCUUCUUCCUAAUAACCCAUUUUUUUAAGUUGCCCUAGUUCAACAUUUCUUGAGUGAUAUUUAUGUUAAGUCUUGUUACAUAAAAUCCAAUUUAUCUAACUGAGGAAAUGCCCAAAGCUUCAAAAUCAAACUAAACAAAAAUAUUAAACACUAUAGUGCAAUGAAAGAAAACCAUCAGAAAGAUUAUUUUAGUACUUUAAUGUUACAUUUUGUUUACUAAACUUUCACUGACACAUCUUGCUCCCAGUAUCUGUUACGUUGUCACACCUGUCAAAUGCAUGCUGUGGAUAAUGUUGCAAGGGUUGGAACAUCUGUCCAUUUCAUAUUUUUCCUCUCUGUUUAAAUUACUGGAAUAAUCUUUUUUUUUUUUAAUACAAUCAAAUAAAAUGAAAAUUUUUAUGAACAAAAACUAUUAAUAUUUUAAGGAACAAUGUGGAAUGUUGGGAAAGAAAUAUUGUAUUAAUCUAUGCUGACAUUUUCUUGCCAUUUAUAUAUUGCACAUUUUCCAACUAAAAUGGCAAACAUACACCACCCAGUGGUAAGACAAGUCUUGUCUGUGCACAUGCUACUUAUAUGGCAGAGUAACCUUUUAGUAAACAGUGAUGCUUUUGAAAUUCAUUUCAAUCAAAAACAAAAUGAAACUGGCACUGGUUUGUUGUAGAAGCAAGCUUUGAUAGUCAACAUGGAAGAUACUAUUUUAUUUAUUUUUUUCAGAUGAGGCUGUACAUAUCAUAGGCUGUAAAUACACCCUUUACGCAUGAUUAACUAUACCUUUAGUAUACAAAUAUGACAUAUUUGUGGCUCUUGUCCUCUGAUCUGUAGCCAUGCAAGAAAAUCAUCAAUACACCCCAAGUUGAUCACAGCCUGUCUAGGAUACACUUUCAAGGAUGGCAAAGGUUUCUUUGUGGAUAGAAGGAAGACAUAGAGAUUUGUUUAAAUUAAUACACAUUAUGCACUGUAAAAGGUAAAUGAAGGUUUCAAGAACACUAAAUAGUAAAAACAAUUUCAUGAUUGUCUAUUAGAGGGCAUUUGUGACUCUCCACCAAACCUACCCCUACAUUCACAAUAUCCCAUUUGGACGUAGCAAGAGAACAACUGCAGCAUCCCCAGGAUCACAGCGGCCCAAGAUCCGUGCAUACAAAUCAAGUCAGGGGUGAACUGUGAGAGUGAACUUAGGACAGCGGGUCACUGUGUUAAUUGCAUCUCUUUCACUCUGAUGAAAGGAAGCAGCGUGGUAUUUAUAUGGUCAUUCAUUCUCACUGCCAUUUGAGUGAGACACACAGUAGUGACAGUCUAUUAUUUCUGUGUAUAUUGGUGUAAUAAACUCAUCUUUUUAUUUGCCAAUAUUAGCUUGUAUAAUCUCACUGAAACCAGAAAAAGGAAAUUUUUAACCAAUUGUGACUUGGUUUAUAAUAAACUUCUGCUUUGAGAGAAUCUAAGUGUUUGUUUUGUUAUAGAUCAUGGUGAUCAAUGUUAAUUGUUCCAAAGGCAUCAUAACAUUCACUUACUAUAUAACUAAUUUAUAUUUAACAUUUGCU